GUUGCAACCGCAAAUCAAAACAAACCCGGAAUAAACAGAGCAACACUUUCGAAAAAAGAUCUCGCGAAUCGUCUAUUUUCGUUCCGUUUAAUUUUGCUAAUUAAUUCCGCCAACAAAACCCCGCUAAUUAGAACACAGGGUCGCUCCGCUGGCAUCUGCGCCUCAUAUGGACGCAAAACUCGCCUCGUACCGCUCAACGAAACGCCGCCAGGCGCUGCUGAAUUCGUUCAAAGAUCGUCUCUACAAUAUGGUCUCCUUCCAGCAGGUCAAAGUGGACGGUGAAAAGUCCACCCACGUCAUCGUCGAAGCGGAUGUCGAUCCUCACCCGAAAAAGCAGGACAAAAUAACUCCCGUCCACAAGCCGCAGCACAAACCACGCACGCACUCGGAAACCGAAUCAAUCCUUUCCGUGGCAAGUUCCUCCUCGGCGGACCAGCACCCGGAGGACCUGCCAGCAUCCACUACCCCCAAACCGCCCCGUUCCUACCUGUACUACGUGACCUAUCUGGUGUACUUUCUCUUUUGGGUCACACUCUACGCGAUCGCCAUCGAGCUGCGGUUCGGCGUCGUGUUCCUGAUGCUGUCGGCGCUGGUGGCCAUCUACGUGAACACGCGAACCGGCCCCAAGGCCGCCGGCGAGGUCUCGGCGUACAGCGUGUUCAACGAGGACUUCAAGUCGAUCGACGGGACGUUGAAGGCGGAGCAGUUUGAGCGGGAGAUUGGCAUUCGGCAUCAUUGAGGAAGUGGGACGUAAUGAAGGUGAGUGAUUUUCUUUUUGAUUGGAAACGUUUUGAGCAAAGCAAAUUAUAAUCCUGUUGGAUGAGUUUAUCUAUUUAUAAAACAAUUAUUUAGUAAAAUA